CACAUAUCUGUACAAGAGUUUCCUAACUAUCCUUAGACCAAAGAUUUCGAUUUUAGAUAUAGUCAUUGCUUGUCCAAUCUUACUACAUUGCUAACUUGUUCGACAUAUUGUACUGUUUAUUCCUUGUGCAUUUUGUGUGUGCUUUAUUUCUUCGACUCGAUAAUAACAAAGUGUCCACAGUGCAUGACAGAUCAAACAUGGCUACGAGCAAUAAACAAGGUGAAAAUUUGCAUGUCUCCCACAACACCAAACAGCAGACGAUUACACACCAUGAAAAGCGUCCAGACUGCUGCACAGUUAUGAAUACCACACAGGAACCGUUGAUUGAACAAGAUGAUUUUCAGCAUGAUACUGAUGGAGCGGGAGUUGUAAAGACAAAGUGUGUUGACGUCACUGAAGAAUCGGAAGCUAAUCAAAUAAUAUGCUGUGAUGAGGGAAAUGAUCUCUUGAAGUCCUAUGAGGAUAAUGAAGUAAAGAGUGAGUCGGUUAUAGGGCCCACAAUUGCACAAGGAGUGACCAUCUUUGGAGCUACUGAAUAUUCAAAACCUGGUUGUGAACGAGAUCUUAACAAUGAGGAUAAGGAGCAUAAUGUUUUUAAAUUUGAACACCAGAAAAGAAGAAUAUCAUGUGAUAAAGUUCAUUCAUGUGAGGUAUGCAGUAAGACAUUCGAGACCUACAAUACACUGAAAUACCAUAUGACAGUCCAUACUGAACAGGAAAUAUAUUCGUCUAAUGAAAAGCCAUAUAGUUUUGACAUUUAAGACAACAUGUUUUAAUACAUACUAAUGGUAAACUAUAUUGUUGUGAUGUAUGUAAUAAAUGUUUUAGUUAUA